CAAGAUUGCACAUUUUUGUCCCCAAGUUCACUAUGAGACUAUUUUGGACAUUGAUUUUGAUAGUUAUCUACAAUGGGUAUUCUUCAGAGGGGGUUAAUUCAACUCUUUCUGCAAGGCCUAAAGUUGUGAACAUUGGGUGUAUGCUGUCUUUCAAUACACUCGUUGGGAAAAUUACUAAAAUCGCUGCGGAAGCUGCCGUUGAAGAUAUAAAUUCCAAUCCAGAUGUUAUUGGAGGAACUAAGCUGAAUAUGAUAACAUUGGAUAGUAAUGCCAGUGGAUUUCUUGGAAUAGUUGAGGCUAUCCGUUUCAUGGAGACGGAUACUGUGGCCAUUGUUGGCCCCCAAUCUUCUGUUAUAGCUCAUGUGGUAUCAAACAUUGCGAAUGAGCUGCAGGUCCCUCUAUUAUCAUUUGCAGCCACAGACCCCUCUCUUUCUUCGCUUCAGUACCCGUUUUUUGUUAGAACUUCCCCAAGUGAUAAGUUUCAGAUGGAAGCUAUAGCUGAAAUGGUUGAGUACUAUGAAUGGAGGGAAGUAAUUGUUAUAUAUAUUGAUGAUGAUUUCGGAAGAAAUGGUAUAGCUGCAUUAGCAGAUCAGCUGGCCAAGAGACGAUGUUCGAUCUCUUACAAAGCAGCUAUGAAACCUGGAGCAACAUUGGAUGAUGCCCGGGAUGUUUUGGUUCAGGUUGCUUUGAGAGAGUCACGAAUAAUGGUUGUUCACACUUAUCCUACAAAGGGUCUGGAGAUAUUCUCUAUGGCACGGUAUUUGGGGAUGAUAGAUAAAGGAUAUGUGUGGAUUGCUACAAAUUGGCUCUCAACUAUCCUUGAUGCUGGUAGUCCCCUUUCUUCAGAUGAAAAAGAGAACCUUGAAGGGGCUAUCACCUUGCGUAUACACACUCCAGGUUCAGAAUUGAAACAGAAGUUUGUCUCACAGUGGAGCAAUUUGACAAGGAAGGCAGGACUUACUGGAUCUUCAGGAAUGUCCACUUAUGCGCUCUAUGCUUAUGAUACUGUGUGGCUACUUGCUCGUGCCAUCAAUGAAUUCUUUAACCAGGGUGGAAAUGUUUCAUUUUCUAAGGAUCCAAGGCUAACUGAACUGAAUAGUGGAAGUAUGAAUCUUGAUUCUAUGAACAUCUUUAAUGGAGGGAAGUUAUUGCGAGACAACAUUUUUAAGGUUAAUAUGACAGGUGUAACAGGACCGUUUAGUUUCACUUCUAAUAAGGAACUCUUCCGCCCUACUUUUGAAGUCAUUAAUGUGGUUGGUACAGGUUUUAGGAAAGUUGGUUAUUGGUCUGAAUACUCUGGUUUAUCAAUUGUGCCUCCUGAAACACUGUACUCUAAGCCGGCAAAUCGUUCCUCUUCAAAUCAACAGCUACAUAGUAUAAUCUGGCCUGGACAAAUAACGGAAAAACCUCGUGGAUGGGUUUUUCCUAACAAUGGGAGACAACUGAAAAUUGGAGUUCCUAACCGAGCUAGCUUUCGUGAAUUUGUUGGAAAGGUACCAGGCGCUGACUCGUUCAGAGGAUACUGUAUUGAAGUCUUCACUACUGCCAUAGACUUAUUGCCUUAUGCUGUCCCUUACAAACUAGUUGCUUUUGGCGAUGGUCAUAACAAUCCAGAUGAUACAGAGCUAGUACGCCUAAUCACAGCAGGAGUUUAUGAUGCAGCCAUAGGUGACAUAGCAAUUACAACUAAUCGAACAAAAAUGGUUGAUUUCACUCAACCGUACAUUGAAUCUGGGUUAGUUGUAGUGGCACCAGUUAAGGAGCAGAAUUCUAAUGCUUGGGCUUUUCUCAGUCCAUUUACUCCUAGGAUGUGGUGUGUCACUGGUGUUUUUUUCUUAAUUGUGGGCACUGUAAUUUGGAUUUUGGAACACAGAUUGAAUGAUGAUUUUCGUGGACCUCCGAGUAAACAGAUUGUCACUGUUUUAUGGUUCAGCUUUUCAACUCUCUUUACUGCCCAGAGAGAAAACACUGUCAGCACCUUUGGCCGUAUUGUCCUUCUUAUAUGGCUAUUUGUGGUUUUGAUAAUAAACUCAAGCUAUACGGCCAGUCUCACCUCAAUUCUUACAGUGCAGAAACUUUCUUCCCCAAUUACCGGAAUUGAAAGUUUAGUAAAUACAAAGGAACCCAUUGGUUAUCAGUUGGGUUCAUUUGCCCGUAACUAUCUGAUUCAAGAACUUCGCAUUGAUGAAUCUAGACUUGUUCCUCUUAACCUCCCUGAAGAUUAUGCUAAAGCUUUAAAAGAUGGUCCUAGCCGUGGUGGUGUUGCAGCAGUGGUAGAUGAGCGUGCAUAUAUGGAGCUUUUCCUCUCAUCGCGUUGCCAAUUCAGUAUUCUGGGUCAAGAAUUCACAAAAAAUGGAUGGGGGUUUGCUUUCCCUAGAGAUUCUCCUCUAGCAGUAGACAUGUCAACAGCAAUUUUGAAACUAUCAGAGAAUGGGGAACUACAAAGGAUCCAUGAUAAAUGGCUUUCUGGAAUAGCUUGCACUUCACAGAAUACAAAGCUUGAAGUGGACAGGCUUCAGCUGAAAAGUUUCUCAGGUCUAUUCUUUCUAUGUGGGUUGGCAUGUUUUCUGGCUCUGCUCAUUUAUUUUGUGAUGCUAGCAUGUCAAUAUUGCCAAUACUAUCCCAAUUCUGAGGUAGCUAGUGAAAGCUCACGAUCAGGACGACUGCAGACAUUCCUUUCUUUUGCUGAUGAAAAGGAAGAGUCAGUGAAGUCUCGAUCCAAACGAAGGCAGCUAGAGGUGACUUCAGUAAGAAGUAUUGAUCAAGAUGCAUCAGUAAACGGUUCAAGGAAUGACCGUUCUGAGAUAUACUCAAACAGGGUUGUAAGUUUUGGAGAAUCUGUAUAGUUCAUAAACAAAAAUCUACCAUUCUUCCUCAAAUGUAAUUAUAAAGGUUGACUGCAUAUUUGUGUAGACGAUGCUGUAACUGUACCAAAUUUUACAAAGUUCUGGUGCCAUUGACAUAUUAUAUCAUACAAUCCAAGAACCUUACAACAACUA